AUGUCCAUGCCAACCUCCACCGUGUUGCUGCUCGCCGUCGCGCUUGUGGCUUCCCUCCUGUGCCUAAGUUCUGCUGUGGAGCUCCGACUGUUUCCGAAGCAACCCACGUCACUCAACCCUCGCUACAAGAAGUUCACCUUCUCCGAGACCCAAGUGUGCUACUCGCUCGACUCCUGCUACGGCAACAUUGCGGUCCGUGCUGCUUGGUUGAAGGCUACUCAUGGCUAUCGCUUCGUGUUCUACGACGGCAGCGAAUGCACCGGCAACGCCCUCCGCGUUUCUGACAUUGUCGCCACCGGCAGCGUUGACUUCUCCAAAGUGAAUUUUGUCAACAAACUGUCCUCGUUCAUGUUGGCUGGAGCAAACAGUUACGCUGUUGAAGGUCUGAAGGACAUUUGCGAGGGUGAAGAUGCGAUUCUGGCUGAACCUGCGUCAAACAUUACCCUGCAGGGCUGA